AUGUCUAAUACAUCAUCACGAGCCUCCGCGCUCCUCCACAAAAGAUUCGCCGCCCAUCGACCACGGUUAUUAGCAUGUCCACGAUGCUCUGAUACCGCGCCAUACCUCCCUACGUUGUUAAUAGCACCAUCAAGUAAUGCUUCAGUACGGCGGAACCAGUCCGGCUGGGCAGCUGCUGUUGCGGCGGCCCAGAAUGUGUACAGCCACGCAACAGCUUCGAAUGCAGACAAUCCUAUCGGGAUCGAUCCAUUCAGGACAGUGGCAAAAGAGCUGAAGUUCCUUGCGCAGAAUGUGAGAGGUCUUCUAGGGUCAGGGCAUCCAAUGCUGGACACGGUAUCGAAGUACUACACACAAUCUGAAGGGAAAUACGUACGGCCAACACUGGUAUUGCUGAUGUCGCGUGCUACCGCGCUCACGCCGAAGGCCUCAAGGAACGUUCUGCAGCAGCAGAGCAAGAUCGAUCAACCUAUCACCUCACCAUCCAUUCUUUCAGACCGGAAUCCAGAUGCACCGGGCUAUAGGCCGCUUACGGCAUCUGACAGCGACGCGAACUAUACGUAUGCUAGCGCGGGUACUGAUAUCCUGCCUUCGCAAAGGAGGCUGGCAGAGAUUACUGAGCUGAUUCAUACGGCGUCAUUGCUUCAUGACGAUGUAAUUGACCACUCCGAGGCGCGACGAGGAGCUCCCUCGGCAAACAUUAAGUUUGGCAACAAGAUGGCGGUCCUGGCAGGGGACUUUCUGCUCGGCAGAGCCUCCGUAGCCUUGGCCAGACUGCGCGAUCCUGAGGUCACGGAGCUCCUCGCAACUGUUAUUGCCAAUUUGGUCGAAGGCGAAUUCAUGCAGUUGAAGAAUACUGCAAAAGAUGAGAAGCAUCCGGUCUGGACCGAAGACACGAUUACUUACUACCUCCAAAAGACGUACCUCAAGUCUGCGAGCUUAAUCAGCAAAUCAUGCAGAGCGGCAGCACUGCUAGGGCAGAGCGGUCCAGAAGUUGUCGAAGCAGCAUAUACGUAUGGAAAGAAUCUAGGACUUGCUUUCCAGCUGGUGGAUGAUAUGCUCGACUACACCGUCAGUGGUGCAGAGCUCGGGAAACCAGCUGGAGCAGACCUAGAGCUUGGUCUUGCUACGGCACCGUUGAUUUUCGCGUGGAAAGAUAAUUACCAGCUCGGAGCGUUGGUUGGUAGGAAAUUUGGUAAGAGCGGUGAUGUGGAAGCAGCGAGGUCCCUUGUGGCCCAAAGUAGUGGCCUCGAACAAACCAGAGCUCUUGCACAGGAGUACGUCGACAAAGCCAUUGAAGCAAUAGCACCGUUUCCGGACAGUGAAGCAAAGGCCGGUCUUGUAGAGAUGUGUGAAAAGGUCAUGAAGAGAAGGAAAUAG